AUGAAUGGAAAAUCGUUAUGCACAAUGCAUACGGAUUUCAUCGCUCCUUCUCUCCCCACUUGUUUACUCAAGAUAGCGACUACAAUUUCGCAGUUUUGGUUUAUGCCAGUGAUAUGGCCAUGCCAUGUGUGCAUGCACACAUGUGUUCACCCAGCACGAUUCGACCCUAGUGAUGGCCAAGUGCAAAUGUCAAUCAAUACGAUCGAAGGCAACCACCCCGAAACUCCAAAUGCACGCAUUCACACUAAGAGCCUGACUUACGCACUCGGUUUUCCAAGCAAUGAAAACUCUACUACCAGACUCACUCAAGCGUAUCUUCAUAUUCUCGGAUCCCCAGAUUGCGCUGAGAUGGUUAAACUCACCGCUACACAACUCGCAACUCAGACGAUUGGUUGA